UUGUGUAAAUACCAUCUUCCAAUGAAUCAUCACUCAUGGAUUUAAAAAAAUGUAACACUGUAGUAGCCCAACAUAAUUUUUCUAUUCCUGUUUACUACUACUUUGAAUGACAGGUUUUUUGACACUUAUAAUUAUCAUGCUGGGAAUCAAUGGUACCAAUAAAGUAUAACAUCAAUGGAGAGGCAACCACUUUUCCAGGAUAUCAACAAGGUCACUGUCUAUCUUUUCCUCUGUGCCAAAACCACAUGAAAACUUUGACAGAAGUUGAGACCUAAAAAGUAGGGCAAUAUAUAGGAGGAAGAAUAAUGAUAAGAAAAACAUUUAAAUGUUGUCCCUGAUAUACCAGCUUCCUGUUUUCAAUUUGCUUAAAUAAGUUCCUCAAUCACAGAGCUUGUCCAUUGUGGAGAACCACACUGUCACCACGCAUACUUCAUCACAAGAGAUGGAAGACAUUGUCAGAGCAGGAAAUUCUGAAAUCAAUGUGAACCAUGGAAACCUUUCCGAGGAUACAAAGGAUAUACACAUGAAGACUGCAGCAAAUGAUUCAGAGGAGGCAGAAAAAAACAGGGAUGGUAAGACAGGGAUGGAGGUUUUUCGGCUCCAGUUGGUAUUACAUCUCUACUGAAACUAAAUCCUGGGAGGAGAGUAGAAAGGACUGCAAGAGGAGAGGAGCAGACCUGGUGAUCAUAAACAGCAAAGAGGAACAGGAAUUUAACAAUGGAUUCCAAAAGAUGAGGUACUGGAUUGGUCUGUCUGACAUAGAAAUGGAAUCGACCACGACAUGGGUGGAUGGCACACCACUGACCAUAAGAUUAUUACGCACACCUGCCACCAUCGUUACUCGCUCCUGGGUCUCAUGAGAUUCACCUGGACUCCAUCACCUUCCUGAUUACCUCCCCUAUAUCUGUCACUCCCCUUGGUUCUUUCCUCGGUCGUUAUUGAUUCUGUUUCUUGUCUGUGUGUUUUUUGUGUUUCUUGUUUUGUUCCAUGUUUCGUUUAUUUAUUAAAUGAUUCCCUCUCUGUACUUGCUUCCCGACUCCCAGCGUACAUGUUACACAGAGCAGAUUACGGCCGGAUACAUUUAUUAACAGUACAACAUGCUAAUACUCCUUUCCCCUCUAUCAUGUAGACAUUCCUUAAAAUGGCCAUUUAAGUGUUAACAUCCCUUUUUCCACAUCCUGUUGUGUUACAGCCUGAAUUUAAAACGUAUUACAUGUAGAUUAUUUUUGUACAAAUGAAUUAAAAAUGAAAAGCUCAAA